UUGGCACAUGGCAAAAGAAAACAAAAGGAUGGUGGUUCAAGCUCUAGGCCAGCCCCACACGUGUACAAUUCUGCUUGUGUGUACUUUACGUGAGCCUGUGCAUGUCUCAUGCCCCUUCACAAAAUUUCAUCACCCUUUUUCAUUGCCAUAGCUCAUUUCUACAUCUAUAUAUAAACCCCACUCUCAAACUUCACUUAAACUCACCCAUCCAAGCACAGAAUACAAGUAACAAUAACCCCUUUUUUAACUUUUUAACUUUUCUAUUUCUAUUCUCUCUCGAUUUUCUCUCUUUCCAUGGCUGCCUCUGUUGAUCCUUUGGUGGUGGGGCGGGUGAUCGGCGACGUUGUCGACAUGUUCGUCCCGACUGCUACCAUGUCGGUCUACUUCAACUCCAAGCAUGUCACUAAUGGCUGUGACAUUAAGCCUUCUCUUGCAGUUAACCCUCCUAGACUUGUUAUUUCUGGACAUCCUUGCGAUCUUUACACUCUGGUGAUGACGGACCCGGAUGCACCGAGUCCCAGUGAACCCCAUAUGAGAGAAUGGGUGCAUUGGAUAAUUGUAGAUAUUCCUGGAGGUGCAAAUUUGACCCAAGGAAAGGAGAUUGUGCCGUACUCAGGACCUCGACCACCUAUUGGAAUUCAUCGCUACAUCCUAUUAUUGUUCAAGCAAAAGGGACCUAUUGGUAUGAUUGAUCAACCAGCAAGCCGUGCCAAUUUCAACACUCGCCUCUUUGCAAGGCAUUUCAAUCUAGACUUGCCAGUUGCUGCUACCUAUUUCAACUCUCAAAAGGAGCCUGCUACCAAAAAAUACGCUCUUGCAGCAUGAAAUAUAUAAUAAAUAUGCAAAGACCCACCACCAACUUAUAUAAUCUCAUAUAUAUAUAUAAUAAUAAUGUUAGUCUUAUAAAUUAAAGAAUAAGAAAUUAGCUUGGAAGAGAUCAGGAAAAUUGGUAUAUAGUAUUGCCAAUAUAUGGAAGAGCCUUACGACGAUCUUAAAUACAUAUCCCUCUCUUCUCUUCGGUUUGUGUUUUUAAUUAGUUUGCU